AGAGAAAAAAAAAAGAGACGUCUCGACGCAUGCGCGGCGGGCUCUGAGGCGAGCGGCCAGGGAGCACCGCGGCUGCGCCGCGCGGGGGCUGCCGGGACAGCGGCGGCUCGCGCGCGCGUCCGCACGGCGCAGGCGUAGAAGCACCGCCGUCGAGGGGCGGAGAAGGAGGGAAGGAAGCGGCCGUCUGAGGCGGCCGCCGCCGCCGUGAGGAACCGAGAACGGCGGCGGUUGGGCCGGCCAGGCAUGAUCAAAAUGGCCACGGACAAGGAGACCUUCCUCGUCCCGGCGCCUCCUCCCCCGUUGCUGAAGGCCCGGCCCGAAAACGAGACGCCUGAGGGGCCGUUAUUACCUCAGCCGUCGCCUCACGAAGACCCUCAACGCCGCCAAGAGCAGCUCCAACGGGCCCGUAACGGUUUCCAAGCCGGGCCUCGGGCCUCAGGAGGCGGUGGCGGCGGUGGGGGCAAACGUCGUAACAGCUGCCACGUCGGGCCUUUCAAAGCUCCGGCCUUCAAGCGCCGCCGCCGGGUCAACUCGGAGUGCGACCCGGUCCUCCCGUCGGAGUUUCUGCUGGGCGGCAACAUCUUCGACCCUCUGAACCUCAACAGCUUGCUGGACGAGGAGGUCAACCGGGCCCUCAACGCCGAGACCCCCAAAUCUUCCCCCUUGCCGGCCAAAAGCCGGGACCCCGUGGAGAUCCUCAUCCCCAAGGACAUCACCGACCCUCUCAGCCUCAACGCAGCCCAGGAAGACACCCCGGUGUUGGCUUCGCCUCUCAAAGCCGGGCGGAAGAGGCACCGGCACCGGGGCAACAACCAGCGGGCUUUGGGGGGCUCGGAAGUGGGGGGUUCCUCCUCUUCCUCUUCCUCCUCCUCUGCCCCUCCCAACACCACCACCACCACCUCUUCCUCCUCCUGCAGAUCCUGCCAAAAGGCCGCCUGCAACGGGGCCACCCCUCAGCCCUACGAACUCAACACCGCCAUCAAUUGCCGGGACGAGGUGAUCUCCCCCCUGCUUCCCCUGGAAGCGGGAGGAGGUGGAGGAGAGAGGGGAGACGGGGCAGAGCCUCCCCUGGCCCAGCCGGCUUCCAGGAGCACCGCCCUGCCUUCUUCAUCCUCCUCUUCCUCUUCCCAUCAUCACCAUCACCACCACCACCAUCAUCGCAAAAGGCGCCGGACUUGUAGCAAAUCGGAGGCGGCGGCGGCAGCGGCGGGCGGGCGGGGAGGCAGCCCCCCGCAAGCUGCCUCCCUUCCUCCUCCUCUUCCUCCUCCUCUUCCUCCUCCUCCUCAGCGGGCCUCCCGCCACAAGUUCCAGUACGGCAACUACUGCAAGUACUACGGUUACCGGAACCCGGAUUGCGAGGACAUCCGGCUGCGGUCCUUGAAACCCGAGUGGUUCCGAGGCCGGGAGGUCUUGGAUGUGGGUUGCAACGUGGGCCACCUCAGCUUGAGCGUGGCUAAAAAAUGGGAGCCCGCCCGGCUGGUGGGCUUGGAUAUCGACGGGGCUUUGAUUCACUCGGCCCGCCAGAACAUCCGGCAUUACCUCUCGGAGGAGGAGCAGCGGCGGUGGCGACGGCAGCAGCAGCCGCCGCCCCAGGACAGUCAGGGCGACGGGGAAGGGGUCAAGAAGAGCUUCCCGGCUUCGCUGACGGCCAGCCGGGGUCCGAUUGCUGCCCCCAGGGUGCCCCAGGACGGGGUGGACGCCACGCUCUUCCCCAACAAUGUCAUCUUUGUCCAGGUGAGAGAGCCUGCCCCACCUUUGGGGCCAG